AUGAAGCUGUUCGUGCUGUCUGCGCUGGUGGCUGUCGUCUCGGCCGGCGGAUAUAGCCGUCCGCUCGCAGGAGGACGUCUUGGAGGUCAGGUCGGAGCUCUCCAGGGCUCCCUCGGACACGGUCUUGGAGGAGCCUACGGGCCAGGAAACUCCCUGGACUACUACGCAGUGCCCGACUACAACACCGGCUACUCCGUGAAGGACGCCUACUCGGGCGUGGACAUCGACUCAAAGGAGAACCGUCUCGGUGAUCGCACCGAGGGCUCGUACUCUACGCUGCUUCCCGACGGCCGCAGGCAGAUCGUCACCUACUGGGUGGACGGCAACUCGGGCUACAACGCCAGGGUGACCUACGAGGGCGUGGCGCACCAUCCGCAGACCACGCCCCUCGGCUAUGGGCGGUCCGCCGCAGGGCUGGGCUCACUUGCUCUGGGCGCCUCUGGCGGUUCUGACUACGGAGUUGGAGGCGGUGCGGCCUUUGGUGGUGGCUCCGGACUGGGUUUGGGCGGUGCUCUCGGUGCCGGUUACCGAGGGUCGGGUGUGGUGUACCGCAGUGCCGCCGGCAGGGGCUACGGCGGACUCUGAUCAGUGUUGAAGGACAUGGGAGUGGAACGCGAAUAUUUUGUGGUCAUGUAAAUGACGCUUAGGUAUUUAGAGAUGUACAAAUAUACGUGAGACAUAA